AUGAUGUCGGCCCAGGAGCUCGUGGCCUGCCUCUGCCGGGAGGGGGAGCAGCACUUGGCGCUGGGGGAGCCGCCCCUGGCCACCGCCUUCUACCUGGCUGCAUUCAGCUGCCACGCCCCCUCGGCCCUGCAGAGCGUGCGCACUGCCCUGGCCCAGGCUCGAGGGACGGCGGUGGUGGCCACCCUGGAGUCCUGGUGCCGCGGGGACAGCCAGAUCCCCGCCAUCCACUGGGACGGCAUGGCAGUGGUCUCCCUGACAGGGUCGCUGGCCUCUGCCUUCCUCGGCGCCCUCUGCCCAGACCACCCCGCCGCCAUCCUGCACCUGCUGGCAGGUCUGCUGGCCCGCGGGCGCCACGAGGAAGUGGUGCAACGCUGCAGUGCCCUGCUGGACUCUCACACACAGCAAGUCCUGGAGCUGCAGCUGACCCGCGCCCUGGCCUGGGUCCUGUCCGGGGUGCAGAGAGCGGAUGGUGUGGCCGCCUAUCUCCAGGCCUUCGCCUCCAGCGCCGACCGGACUGUAGCUUUCAUUCGCACCCACCAGCAGCCCUACCUCCCCACGCUGCUGAGCGCCCUCCAGGACUACCUCUCGGGGCACCCGAAGGCUGAGCACAGUGCCGGCCAGCAGGAGACCGGUGGCCAGCGACUCCUGGCGGCUCUGGACCCCAGGGGCACCCGGAGUGACACCCUGUCACCUGAAGCUCUGCUCCACAGCGGCAGGUAUGAGGACUGCCUGGCAGCAUGCAGCCGGGCCCUCGAGGCCCAUCCCACCGGCAGCGGACCCCAAGGUGAGCGCCGGGCCGCCCUGCUGGUCACCCGCGCGGCCUCGGCCUUCUUCCUGGACGGCCGGGCCCAGGACGUGUUUUGGAACCUGCAGGAGGCCUUCCGCGAGAGCCCCUCUGGGGCGCGGAGGCAGUUCCAGGCCGUGUUCUCUGUCCAGGACCAGGAGCGCGUCCGGGCUCAGGCGCAGGAGGCCGCGGACGUGGGCUUCGCUCGCUUCCAGGAAGCCGUGCGGAACCAUCCUGAGCUCCGCGAGGAUGCGGGCCGCGAGCUGCUGCCCCCGGUAACCCGCGCGCUCCGCGUCCUGCUUCGCCUGGCGCCUCCAGGGGCGCGACCCGCGCUGGGAGCCCGCCUCGCCGAGUGCCUGCUGCUGGCGGGGGACGCGGCGGGCGCCCGGGCCAUGUGCGAGCGCCUGCUGCGGCCCGCGCGCCCUGAGGACCCUGCCGGGGACCGUGCGCCUCUCCUGGCUCUGCGCGGCUUCUGCGCGCUGCACGCCGGGGACUCGCGGCGCGCCCUGGAGGACUUCCAGACGGUAGUGGAGCAGGGGGCGCCGCACCCGGGGGGCUGUGUGCGCGCACUGUGCGGCCGGGGGCUGCUGCGGGUGCUGGCGGGCAGCGCGUUCCUGGGCACGCUGGACUAUGUCACCGCCUGCAGGCUGCGGCCCGAGGAGGCGCUGCUGGCCGCCAAGGCCUACGUGCCCUGGAACCAGCGGGGGCUGCUGCUGGCGGUGCUGCGGGAGGAGGCCCGUGGGAUGCUGCAGCGAUCGCCACGCGCCCGGCAGUCCAGAGCGCAGGACCGGAGGGAGGCCGCGGAGACGGGCGGCCCCACCACGCAGGAGGGGGACGCCUGCGGCGUGCACCAGCUGGCCACGCUGCUGAUGGAGCUGGAUUCGGAGGACGAGGCCUCUCGCCUCCUGGCGGCUGAUGCCCUGUACCGCCUGGGCCGCCUGGAGGAGACCCACAAGGCCCUGCUGGUGGCCCUCUCCCGGAGGCCCCAGGCAGCCCCCGUGCUGGCGCGACUGGCCCUGCUGCAGCUGAGGAGGGGCUUCUUCUAUGACGCCAACCAGUUGGUGAAGAAGCUGGUCCAGUCCGGUGACACCACCUGCCUCCAGCCCACCCUGGACGUCUUCUGCCACGAGGACCGGCAGCUGCUUCAAGACCACUGCUACGCCAGGGCCCUGGCCAUCCUGCGGGCACGGCCAGGCGGGGCCGACGGCAGAGUUCACACCAAGGAGGCCAUCGCCUACCUAUCUCUGGCCAUCUUUGCCGCAGGAAGCCAGGCAAGUGAGUCCCUCCUUGCCCGAGCCCGCUGCUACGGGUUCCUGGGCCAGAAGAAGACAGCCAUGUUCGACUUCAACGCAGUGCUGCGGGCUGAGCCGGGGAACGUGCAGGCACUGUGUGGACGGGCGUUGGUGCACUUGGCCCUAGACCAGCUGCAGGAAGCCGUGGACGACAUGGUCUCUGCUCUGAAGCUCGGCCCCGGGACCGUGGUCCCUGAGCUCCGCUCUCUGAAGCCGGAAGCCCAGGCCCUCAUCACACGGGGCCUCUACUCCCGCUGCCGGGCCCUUCUGAGCCAGCUGCUGGACACCGGGGCACCUCUCGAGGACAAGGACACCCAGGGCCUCCUUGCUGUGGGGGAGGCGCUGAUCAAAAUCGACGCAGGGCAACCGCACUGGCACCUCCUCCUGGCAGACAUUCUCAUGGCACGGGGCAGCUACGAGGAGGCUGGCACCAACCUGGAAAAAGCCCUGCACCCUGCCCCAACGUCAGAGGCAGCCCGGGCCCGGCUGGGCCUGCUCCGGCUCAAGAAGGGAGACGUGCCAGGGGCUGCACGGGACCUGCAGGGCCUGGCCGAGGUGGAUGCCCCAGAUCUCAGCUGCCUGCUCCAUCUCCUGGAGGCCUCGGAGCGGCAGAGCCUUGCCCAGGCCGCAGCCCAGGAAGCUGGCACCCUUCUGGACGCAGGGCAACCCAGGCGGGCACUGGGCUACUGUUCACUGUCUGUCCUGGCCGGUGGCAGCAGUGCCUGUCACCUUCGUCUGCGGGCCACCUGCCUGGCCGAGCUGCAGGAGUUUGGCCGGGCCCUCAGGGACCUGGACCACGUGCUCCAGGAGGCGCUGGGGGAUGGUGACUUCCCAAGGCGGGCAGAGGACUUCUGCUGUCAGGGUCGCCUGCUGCUGAGCCUGGGGGAUGAGGCAGCGGCCGCAGGGGCUUUUGCCCAGGCCCUGAAGCUGGCGCCCACCUUGGCCCAGAACAGCCUGCGCAAGCAGCCAGGACGCGCCCCCACCGCACGCAUGUUCCUCCUUCGCGGUCAGUGCUGCCUGGAGGAGCGGCAUCACGCAGAGGCCUGGACGGCGGCUGAGAACGGCCUCCUGGUGGACCCUGAUCACCGUGGCCUCAAGAGACUGAAGGCCAGAAUCCGGAGGGAGGCAUCCUCGGGCUGCUGGCUCCAGUGACUGGGUCCGACCCUCUCCCAGCCCUAAUCACCGGGCCACCCUAGCACCUGCACCUGAUGUCCAGGCCCAGGAGUGUACCCAGCUCCCCAAAUCGGGGAGGAAAGGAGACAGCUUCCUACUUGCAUGAAGGGACCAUCCUAGAAGUUUCACGGUCCCUUCUACCACCAGCAACCUGGUCCCCGAAGCUGGGGCCCACUUGGCCCACACCUGAGGCUCAGACCUUGAAGAAGCAGCCCCAGGUCUCGUCCCUGGCCUGGGAUCCUGCAGGCCCCUCCCUUCCAAGCAGAGGGACCACCGAGGGGCCCUGAUGAGCACAGUCCCCAGGCUCCCACCAGACCCGUCUCCCAAAGCUGCUGGAAGGUAUCGGUGCUUCCACAGAGCGAGAGAACAGCUUGUUCCUAUAUGUGGGUUAAAUGUUCCGGGGCCUUGCGGCUGCCAGUGAGCUUGGGGACUUCUGGGUGGGGCAGAGGCAGCCAGCCUUUGCCCAUCACUGUGAGUGUCACAGACUGAGUCCUCAGCCCGGGGCUUUCUGUCAUGGCCAUGGGCGAGAGACAUGCUGGGUGGGCUGACUCAGGGCAAAACGUGCCCCCAAGCCCUGCCUGACUUCACCCUGGGGAGACAGGGCCACCACCCCUCCUCCUGGCUUCUCCCUCCUCCUGGGCACUUGCAUUUGUCCCAUUUCUGUCCCCUUCUCUGCUGCUUCCUUCCAUGGUCUUGAACCAACAGACAGACCCCCUGCCUCUCCACCCACUUGGCUUCUGGGAUCAUCUGACGAACCCCAGUCCAGGGGGUCAGGCAGGAAGGGGCCCUCUUCCUUGCCCUGCAUGGAAGUGUGGCCCCCAGGCGGCAGGUGCAGGGCUGGGUUAGCCCCCCUCCUCCUCAGGCCUCACCCACUCCUCAACCCCCAUGCGCCUUCAUCAGCUGGCACCGCCUAUGGGUCUUUGGCCACAGGGGGCUGGGUAAAGGGUCAGUGCCUCCCACCUUGAGCACCUCAGGGAUGGGCAGCCCACAGUGGGAGAGGGCCCUGACAGGGACCUUCAGCCCCGCUCCUCGCCUUCCCUUUUCGGAAUCUUCACGCAGUCCCCCUCUUCCAAGGUUCCCCAGCGCAGGCACCAAUUCGAUCCAUAUUCCGCCUGCCAGCUCCCCAUCCGCCCUUCCGUCUCUGUCUUCACCUGUGUGCUCAAGGACUCAACAAACACCUGUCAGCAGCCCAAGAGCUAAGUUCAGGGACACGCGAGUUCCUUGGGUCAGGUGGGCGAGUUUGCAUGGAGGCAGAGGAGGCAAGGGCUGGUCCAGAGAGCCUGGUCACAGCAGAAGGGCCUGUUCCAGUGUCGGGGCUGGGUGGAGGCAGUGGGGAGGCAUCCCCCAGGGGUGCCCUCCCCCACCACGUUCCCUGCUCCUACCGCCCUCGCCUGGGAUGUCCUGCCCCAUCCAUCCAUGCAAGGCUGAGUGUAGAUGCCAGCCCCGCUGAGGCUCCUCCAGGGCUUUGGGACUGCUGUGUUUCUUCCCCACCAGGGGGCUGCCCCCCUCCGCCACCAGCUCACCCAGCAAGUACCUCUCAUCAGCCUUUGCCUGGCCUGGCUCCUUGCUGGGCUCUGAAUGUCUGCAUCCCCCCAAACUUUGUGUUGCAAUCCUAACCCCCAAGGUGAUGGUAUCAGAAGUGGGGCCUUUGGGAGGUGACCAGGGGUGGAACCUCAUGAGUGGGAUUAGUGUCCUUAUAAAAGAGGCCCAGAGUUCUCCCAAGCCCCUCCACCAUGUGGAGACCCAGCGAGAAGCUGUCAGCCAGGAAGGGACCCUCACCAGAGAGCGAGCUGGCGCCUUCAUCUUGGGCUUCCAGCCUCCAGAACUGUGAGAAAUAAAUGUCUGUUGAUGAA